UCUGGCGCAUGCGCAAACACAUCGAACAGUGGUCCAAGUCCAAGAUGGCGGACUAAGCGACGCGGUUUCACAUUUACGAUCUUAUAGAUUCAAAAAUAGCAUCAAAUACCUCAACUAUUCGCUUUUUCUUAAGCCCACGAAACGGACUUUGAGUGUGGAGCGACGGCGUGUUAGCUGAAGUGAAGAUUGAAGACGUGAUAGAAGAUGGACGACUACUGCUAUGCUAAGAUGGCGACGUCAUGUCAAAGAGAAAGUGAAAGAGAAUCAGCGCCACCAACGGAGAACAAUCUGAAAAGCGAAGAUGAAGACGUCCAGCAGCUGAUGAGUAAUCCAGAAGAAGUUUCCCCUCAGUCAGGGGGGAGCUCCACUUUGAAGCAGGAGACUCCACAACCACCCUGCAUUAAAAAGGAAGAGGAGGAACUCUGCAUCACUCAGGAGGGAGAGUGUCUUCUAGGACGAGAGGAAGCUGAUUACACCAAGUUUCCACUGACUGUUGUCUCUGUGAAGACUGAAGAUGAUGAAGAGAAACCACAAGUAGACAACCUCUUAGCUCCACUAUCAGAUAGUGAGGCUGAAGACGAGGUUGAAGAACCUUUGAGCAGCGAUACAGACUGUGAAGGUGAUAUAAGGACUUACACUGACAACAAACACUUUGAAGGCUCUUCAAAGAAGAGAGACGUCCAGCAGCUGAUGGGUAAUCAGGAAGAAGUUUCCCCUCAGUCAGGGGGGAGCUCCACUUUGAAGCAGGAGACUCCACAACCACCCUGCAUUAAAAAGGAAGAGGAGGAACUCUGCAUCACUCAGGAGGGAGAGUGUCUUCUAGGACGAGAGGAAGCUGAUUACACCAAGUUUCCACUGACUGUUGUCUCUGUGAAGACUGAAGAUGAUGAAGAGAAACCACAAGUAGACAACCUCUUAGCUCCACUAUCAGAUAGUGAGGCUGAAGACGAGGCUGAAGAACCUUUGAGCAGCGAUACAGACUGUGAAGGUGAUAUGAGGACUCACACUGACAACAAACACUAUGAAUGCUCGACAAAGAAGAGAGGUAAAACAUGUUUGAGCUGCUCAGUUUGUGCUGAAAGUUUUACUGAAAAGAGCCGUUUGACUCGACACAUGAGCACACACACAGGGGAAAAACCAUUUAAUUGUUCGGUUUGGGGCAAAAUAUUUUCUCAAAAUAACAAUUUGACUCAACACAUGAGAACACACACAGGUGAAAAACCAUUUAAUUGUUCAGUAUGUGGAAAAAGUUGUUCUGUUAAGAGAAAUUUGACUGAACACAUGAGAACACACACAGGUGAAACCCCUUUAAUUGUUCAGUUUGUGGCAACAGCUUUUCUCAAAUUAGCAAUUUGACUCAACACAUGACAACACACACUGUUAAAAAAACAUUUAAUUGUUCAGUUUGUGGCAAAAGCUUUUCUGUUAAGUGCAGUUUGAUUAAACACAUGAGAACACACUUCGAUGAAAAACCAUUAAAGUGUUAAGUUCUCAUGCGUUUAGUCAUGUCUUCGUGUUGACACACGAGAACACACACUGGAGAAAAAACGUUUAGUUGUUCAGUGUGCUGUAAAAGGAUCCCACAUAAUGCAGCCGCAGUAAAACACAUGAGAACACACAAGCGAAAAUAAGCAAUUAGCUGUUUAGUUUGUGGUAUGUUGCUCAUAUGUGGCGACAUCCACCCUACCCAGGACCUCCUCACUGCUUCUUCCACAAAUAUCUGAGCUAUUCAUACAAACUUGGAUUAUUCGAAUGAUUGUCUUCCGUGCAAAUGUAAAGAAAGUGAACAGUGUGUGAUUUACUGCAAUACUGUCAGUCUUUCAACGUUUUAUUUGUGCUCUGUAGAAACACUGAGAUUAAGUCUAAGUUUUGUUGUGUUCUGAUAUGUUUGUGAAAUCUAUGUGUUUUCUUUUUCUGGAUAUCAGACUAAUUGUAAGUUCUGUUUGCUUAUUUUAUUACGUCUGACGGCAUUAUAUUUGGCAUCGUUGGUUAC